ACAUACUUGAUCAAGCACUGGCACUGUCCCGAAUGAAGAAAUGUCUGACAGGGAUAUCUGACACUAGUACGUGUUCAAUCUGGUGGAGAAUGGGAAAACACAAUAAGCAGGUUCAGGCAUUAUCCAUCUUCCUCAUUCUGUGCGUAAUAAAAUCGAAGGAUGAAGUAACUGCUGUCAGCCUGUGGGGGAAGAAGGUGGAUUUCAUGCAGAAUAACUGCAGUUACUGGGAGCUGAAAAAGGAGCACAAAUUCCCUACCCUGAAAGCGCUCACCGUGUGUGUGAACAUAAAGAAGAAGCUGGGCAAUUCGGACUGGACUGCCUUUAUGUACCUGCACCCGGAUAAGACACACACAGAGCUGGGAAUGCGAGGUUAUGGAUCAGAGCUCCACGUCACAAUGUUCGGCAGGGUCUGGAUCACCCCCAAGGAUCUGUCCUUGCACAACUGGCACUCCAUUUGCAUGACCUGGUCCAAGUCUAUGACCAAGCCAAAAGUCUACAUCAAUGGAACUGAGGUGGUUUUAUAUCCUCAGUCUAAAGAUGUGGCUCUGCAUCCGGACUGCUGCACUGUGGCCGCCGGUGGCACUUUGACUUUAGCUGUGGCUCACUUUUUUGUGAAUGACAAAUUCGACAUCGAGACUGGUACUGAUCUGAAGGGCAGCAUAAGUCUGUUUAGGGUGUGGGGACACGUGCGCAGUGCUCAGGAAAUUUCAGAAAUAGCCUGCUAUGAUGGAGAUGUUCUCCACUGGGAGGAACGAAUCUGGAAUAAAGUCAAGAACUGUCAGCCUGUACAAGAUGUCACGCAAGAGUGUGACUGGCCCUUUUAUGAAGUAAAACUGGUGCUUCUCAUCCUCCGUGAAGACGGAAACAAAACACAUGAUUAUGAUGCUAAAGAGGUUGCACACCAGUUGCUGACACAAGCAUUAGCAGAGUUGGAAUUGUGGCCGACAUACAUAUUUGAACAGUGUCCGACUCUUAUACAGACCAAAGUGGAAAUCCAGAGGUUUGACUGUGUGGCUCACAUUAACGUGAUUCCUAGGGCUGAUGUAGGACAAAUACAGGAAGAAGUUUCCAAGGUCCUCACCAAGGAUCGUGAAAUAGACCACUACAGAAUAUCUACAGAUCCCAGCUUCAUUUUCACCAUCUCUUGCCAGAUCCAGAAACAAAACCUCCCAUAA